CAACUCUAAAGGGCAGACAACUCACCAGAGAGAGCAGUGAAAAAAGACAACCGCAGGCGAGACGACUUUUCACCUGCUGCCGCUGCAGCCAAGGAUGCAGAAACGAAAGAAACCGAACCUGACCAUCGACGUCAAGCGCACACCCGAGCCAAUCGUGCUGCCUGCCUCCCAAUCAUCAGACGAAUCAAAGUCGUCCGAAGACGGCCUGUCGAGGCUCGAGUUGAACGGUUUUGACCAGGCCGACUUCCAUCUUCUCAAGACAAAAAUCGACACGGAACUUCGCGAGGAGGACGUCGAGAAAAUCGUCGAGCUCGGUCACGGCAACGGCGGCGUCGUCGACAAGGUCCGUCAUAUACCGACGGGCGUCGUGAUGGCGAGGAAGUUGAUUCAUUUGGAGGUCAAGCCUGCCGUGAGGAAUCAAAUCAUGCGCGAGUUGAAGGUCCUCCACGACUGUAACUCGCCGUAUAUCGUCGGUUUCUUCGGUGCCUAUUAUCUCGACCGCGAAAUUUCGAUAUGCAUGGAAUACAUGGAUGGCGGCUCACUCGACUUGGUCUUGAGACGGUGUGGUAGGAUACCAGAGCGAAUGAUUGCCAAGAUUACUCUACACGUACUUAGCGGGUUGCGGUAUUUGAGAGAGCAAUUACAGAUUAUGCAUAGAGAUGUGAAGCCUUCAAACGUUCUCGUCAAUAGUAAGGGAGAGAUCAAAUUGUGUGAUUUUGGAGUCAGUGGGCAGCUCAUUGAUUCUAUGGUGGACUCGUUUGUUGGAACAAGAUCAUAUAUGUCUCCCGAACGUCUUCAGGGAGCAAGAUACUCCGUUCAAUCCGACAUUUGGAGCAUGGGACUGGCAUUGAUCGAAAUGGCUAUUGGAUUAUAUCCCAUUCCCCCGCCUAGCCCCGAAAAACUAGACGAAGCAAUGUCGAGGCCACCCGCAGGUAAAGGAACAGUGAAAGUCGAUGAAGAAAUCAUUCAUGGAGCAGAAACAACAGCACAAGAAGGUCCAGCUGUAAAGAACAUGGCAAUAUUUGAACUUCUUCAAUACAUCGUCGACGAGCCUCCACCGUCUCUUCCCGACAAGUAUGACUUCUCACACGACUUCAUAGAUUUUGUUGACAAGUGCCUUGCCAAGAACCCCAAAGAACGACCGAGUCUAGCGGGAUUGUUGACGCAUCCGUUUGUGAAGACUAUAGGUGUAUCAGACGAAGAGUGUGCUGAAUGGGUAAAGCGAACGAUUCCCGGCGAUCACCAGCCAGCGAUGGAUGCCGCAUCGUCUCAAUACUUCAACAAUACUCCGGACGACAACUUAUUACCAACGUUCACGGGUCCCGGCAGCACUGCAGUUUGAUUUUUAGAGGCAGAGGGGGAUACAGCAGAUAUCUAUUUUGCUACAGCAGGUAACAACAGUGUAGCGGGUAGAAAAUUAUUGAUUAAGAUAAUUCUUCAGGCAACUGUCUUGCGAUUAUUUAUUGUAUGGCAGGGUGAGAGAGCCACGACGUUAAUAAGAUUCAAUGCCUAGGUAGUAGAUAAACUUAAGACCCUGGGUGACUACCAGACUAUUACUAGAUGUGUGUAAAUAAAAAAGCGAACUGCUAAUGAGUGAUUGGUUUUAACAAUAUUUAUUGUCAAACAGAAA